AUGGAUCGCCGAAGAAAGACGAGCUUCAGCUUUGUGAAUUUGACGCACCCAGACGACCUCAAGGAUGAAAACACGCGGCUACACAUUCGAUCUCUGGCCAUGACUGAAGUGGGUAAAUCACGAAGGAAGCCCAGAACGAAGCGAGAGCGUAACGAGAUCAUCCUAGAGUUUCGUAAACCGGAUGAGAUGAGACUUGAGAUUGAUCGCUUAGGUGGUCAGAUCGAUCCGUUUAGUCCUUAUCCUUUCGAUCUGGACGAAUCUGCUCGCAUGCUAGUCGCAUAUAUUUUCAGUCCGAAUACCAACCAUGCGAGUCAGCUGCUAGGCUCUUGGUAUCCUGUUGGUCUCAGUAGCGCGGCAUCGUUCCACCACGUUCUUGCAAACUCUUACAACUUUCUAUUGCAGAAGAGAAACGGUCGUUUCCCAUCGCAGGAUGAUCGUAUAGCUCUCACUCACCGUCAAAAAGCAUAUCGUUGUACGGUUGAAAUGAUGAAGGAUCCAUCGAAGCAUAAGAGCGAUGAAACGAUCGGAGCAGUUGUCUCUAUGAUGAGUCAUCUUGCUUUACUAGGCAGCUUCGGAGAUGGGAACUGGGACAAUCAUCGAAAUGCGUUUGCUAGGAUCAUCGCACUUAGAGGCGGUUAUGACACAGUUGUCAAUGAAAGCCUCAGAAUCACUAUAACAUGGGUCGAUCUCAUAGGAUGCUUCGCUCAGGAUGUUCCUCCUAUUGUUCCCAUGCCAAGCAGGUGGGAAGAGGACUCAAAGUCUCCUCAGCAUCUACCACGACCGUCUAGUGCCAUAUCCCUAUUAUGGAAACAACAAAUGACAGGGAAUAUAGAUUGGAUCACUGUCUUCGACGACAUUGUGCAGUUCAUCUCAUUAGACCGAGCGUUUGCCGUUGAACAGAAGGAGCUAGCUUGCACAAGCGGGAGUUGGAUGGAGCCAACUGUGUACAGACUGCUAGCAAUACGACCAUUGGGGAAUGGCAGCCAACGUGAACAUUUGAUGGAAGAAAUGUGUCGACUAGGCACCCUCUUAUUCCUAGCCCCGUUUUGGAGGGCCCUCGGGCAGAAUCCGGUUUGGACAGCAGCCAUAUCUCGCAAACUUCUCUUCCUUCUGGGAACAAAUCAUGUCGAAUGGGGUCUGCUGAACCCAUUGCUUAUCUGGAUAUUGUACUUCGCCGCCAUUGAGACGGAAAAUCAUGUAGAGCGAAGCCACUUUAUCUCGAUGCUAUCUGCUCUACUGAAAAGCAUGAACAUUAGAGAGUGGGAUGAGAUAAUGGGGAUUGUACAAGGAGUACUAUGGGCAGAGAACGUCUUCGCAGGGAGUGACCGCUUAAUUUGCGAUCAAGUCAUGCGGGCUAUGAAUUACAAUCCUGUGGCACAUGGUUUCUUAGAAGCUGUGCCGGCUCUUAUUGAAUAA